UUCAUUCAUUAAAUACAAAAAUUCAUUAAACAGACGAGCGAUCAGAAAUAUUACCGCUGCAGUCCGAGGAAAGUGGCCCGUAUGUCUGACCGGUGUAAAGGGGAAAAAGCAAAAAUAGUUGUUUACUUUCGGAACAGAAGCAUCGACAACAACAACGCAAAACACCGGGGUAACAAGCUCUCUCGGUGCGAUAAAAUAUGUUUUUUUAAUGCAGAACACAUCAAAGUUCGAGUACACAAACAUCAUAUGCACUUCUCUGGAUACAAAUUUUUCCACAUUUGAUUAUUGCUACAUAAAACCCAUAAAUCGGACAUACAAGUAUAUUUCCUUCAAAGCGAAAUUAUUAAAGACACCUGUUACUAAAAUUAAGUUAAACUUCGCAUGGUUUAAACGGGUGAAUGGUUACAGGCCGUUUCUUUAUAACAUAACAGUGGAUUCAUGCCGCUUUCUAAAAAAUCCCAGUUCUCAACCUAUAGCUGAGUUUUUUUAUGAGCUCUUUCGGUCUCACUCCAACAUGAACCAUACAUGCCCUUACGAUCAUGAUAUCAUAGUCGACAAGUUAUCCGCCACCUUCUUGAACCACAAGUUAACGAAAGUUUUGCCUGUUCCGGAAGGACAAUACCUGAUGGAGACACAUUGGUACGCUUACGACAUUCUUCGAGCUAGUGUCAAAUUCUAUGUAUUAAUUUCUUGAAUGCACUACCAUUUGUAUUUGUUUAUACUCUUACUCUAUACUUAUAAUUCGAUCAAUUUUCAUAUAGUAGACUUGGUUGAACUACAUUGAGUUAUUAUGAACAUAAAUUAUUAAC